UCAGGCUCGCACAUCACAAGCAUUUACGGAACUUGAAGCACGCAACCCAAAUGGCGGACGACAUUACCUCGGAAAACCGUUUUGAGCUGUUAAAAAGGGAAGGGGAGAUUAAUGAAUUCUAUGCGGCCCAGUAUGCGACAAAAGCACGCCCUCUCAACAACGACAUUCAAAUUCAUAACGAUGAUUAUGCUAAGAUCUUCCAAUGGCCGAAGACGUACCAGAACAAGAACAGUAAAGCGACAAGCCGGAAGAGAAAGCCACAGAGGGAGGAUGAUCAGGAAAGUAGAGCGGAACAAGCGACACGGGACCAGUCACUGAAGGAAGACGACAAGCAACAUGAGGAGGGAGAGGAUCAGGAAAAACAGGAGUUGCAGAGGCAAGCAACAAUAUUGGAGGCUCCGUUAAAUGCGCUGAAAGAUGAGAACAGAGAGUUCGAGGAGGAAACGAUCAAUUUGCAAAAAAAUGCUCAGGUCCAGUUGAAGGAAAUGGAAGCCGCCGCAAGGUUGGAGGCGAAAAACGGAGCCAGAAGGAGGGUUAUCUUACCAUGUCGAUGGAACGACAAGCACGCAGAUUGGGAGGUGGCAAUUCAUCGCUCGCUCCAGCUCAUCACGACGCUUGUUAGCAACUGUGAGGGCAAGGAUUUACAACAAAUAAUUGGGGAAGGAAUACCGUCUCGGGCAUACAUAUUAGGGGAUAGGAGAGAGGAGGCAAUGGAUGUCGGGGAUGAGGGGGGAGAAGAUGCGGCGGCUGACUUCAGACCGCUGCUCAUGCAUAUGAAAGACAAGACGAAAUUGAGGGACGACCUGAUUUGGAUGCCGUGGCAGGUGGUGGAGACCAUCCCCUACAGAUUGUUGGGAGGGGAAAUGGCGGCGGAGUGGGUUGCCCGUUGUGCGGCAGUAGCAGUCAAGGUGGAUUCCUUUGAGUGGAAGCCUGACUUCUUGGAAAAGAGGAUCAGUCCAAUGUCAACACAGAUGGAUUUAGCGUUGCUGGGCUCUUGAAUUUAGAAGACAGCUAUGGCACUAAAAGAGACCAUGGACAGUUAAGACAUGGAGGAUAGUAGGGAGGAUAGAAUAAGGAAGCGGGUAAGGAGAGAGAAUAGCAAUGCGUACCAGGAAAUUAAAAUUACAUCCAGGAAUGUUAAUGGCUAGGCAGGAGUGCUAGACAACCAACAUAAAUGGCAGAAUAUAAUCAACUACACGGAUUGGUUUAGUGCAUCGCCACCACACUUUGUUUGUUUUCUAGAAACACACCUCAUAACGUCAAGUGAGCAUCAACAAAUAAAGAAUAGGAUA